AUGCAUUCAUCAUACAAUAAUAGCAUUUCAAAGCAUCCACAGUUCUGAAAUUUAAAAUUAUUUUUACAAAAUGGAUUUUGGAAAGAUUUUAUUUUUCGUAAUGGCUUGUUUAGCGGCUCUAAGCUUGACAACGGCCAGCCCUAAAUGGAAGAUAUUCAAGAAAAUUGAGAGACUUGGACAGAAUAUAAGAGAUGGCAUCAUCAAAGCUGGACCAGCGGUAGCAGUGGUGGGCCAAGCUUCUUCUAUCGGUUGAAAACCUUA